AUGGGCAACUCCGAUGCGACGAACGAGCGCCUGAUGGAGAAGCUUGGCCUCCAAAACGAGCUGUGCAGUGCUGUGACUGUCACUGUCGAAGGCACGGGCAGGUGCAAUGGCGUAAAGGCUGCGGGCGACGUCGUCUCUUCGAUGAGUAAACACCUAGCCCGUCUCUUCCAGUUCGCUUAUAUAAAGGGAACUUCCUUCUGUCGGCACGACUUCCAUCUCAUCGCCACACGUCACACGGCAAAUGUGUCGUAUCCUCGGGAGACUGAUCCUAACAGCCAUCACAUUGUCGCCAAGAUGGAAGGUGCACCUGCACAAGCAGUCGCGAUGCCGGCAUCGGCGCCUGCACCGAUCACUGCCACACCGCAAUUUCAGCAAAUGUUCGCUUCGCUCGUCCAAAUGUACGACGGCUCAAAUGCAACUUCAAACGUCGACCAGAGAUUACUGCAAUUGGAGGCAUCCAGAGACUCUCUUGCGGUUGAACUCCAAAAGACCAGAGCCUCCUUGACGUCCAUGCAAGAGAUCCUCGCAUCUACGCAAAAGGAUCUCUUUACCUGUCGCAGCUUGUUGCGCGAACACACGACGCUGAUCAAUGGUGUCAACCACUUCACCGCCAAGCUCAAGCAAGAGAGCGCGCAGCUGUUGAAUCACGCCAACACCAAUUGGAACAAAGUCCAUCAAGUCGAGGCUGGAUUCUAUCAAGCUCAUCAAAAACUCACGGAGCAUGUCAACAGCAUCGCUGGGCAGCAGAAUGCUAAGAUCGACGACUUUCAAUCCAAGAUCGUGGGUCCCUUCUUCUCUGCUAUGCAGCAGGUCAUCGUCAAAGAUACCUCCAGCUCUCGCUCCAAGAGCCCGCAAGCAGUCGAUUCAAAUCUUGCAGCUGAAGCGAAAGCGCACGAAUCAGUUUAUCAGCAGACGAGACCGAGGGACGCAAAUUGUCAGGAACGCGCGUCGGCUUCAUGCUCGACCGCUGUCGAUGCGAAUCGAUCCACCUCGUUUGACUCCAACACACCGCUCGCUGUCGUUUGCUCAGACGGUUCGAGCACUGAUGCUGCCCUUUGCGAAGCCCCCCAGUUGUCGCAACGAAGGGAGAGCAUACCUCGAAUGGAUCCCACUGUCACCUCGAGCGGUCCACCUUCGAACUUCCAGUCCAGACCUGCGAACCCGAGUCGAGAUCCCCAAUUGCUGGAUCAGACUUCCCCGCCUUCAGGGACGAUUGAUGGACCGGCAGCUCCAGGCGUACUUGUCGGUGCUGGUUUGCCUGAAAAUGCAGAUUCGCGUUCUGAUCCAACUUCGCCAUACGUUCGCACCCGAUCAAGACCCUCGCCCUCUCCAUCGCAAUCUGCCAGCACGCAAAAUGCGUCGGCUCAUACAACGCCUCAGACGAGUCGAGCGUCUUCGUUGUCGCUCUCCCUUCCUGCCGAUCCGAAUUCGACUUCGGCCAAAGCGGUUACAGGGACGGCAAACACUUCAUCCACCAUGAAGAGGAAGCGUUCGUCAUCCGUGGAGUGUGUCGGUGUAAAGCUGGCCAAGGGUGCUGCUGACGAGAUACGAUCCACAUCUGGAGGCAAAGGAGAUGCGAAGCAGAAAGACGUUGCUCAGCGAGGACGUCCGAAACCAGAUCAGCUUCACUCAACUUCUCCACCAUCUGCUUCCUCCAGACAGCCUCGGGUAAACGAUGGAUUUCGGAAUAGGGCUCCGUCAGCGACCAGCCCCUCGGACUUCUUAUCGUACGCAUUUGGUCCUACGCAUAUAUUCGGUCGGCCUUCUAUGAUUCCUCCAAAAGCUGCGUCAUCAUCGAAUCAUCCACCAGGAAGCCCUAUGGAGCCGACUUCUCAGCACUCGGCAGCUCAGCAAGCAUCGGUCGGUAUGCCAUCGAGUCGGUCCCCUUUGAGUCCGGUCCUGCUUUCACACACCUCGCAAAGCGGGCACAAAGAGGUUGCGGGAACUGCCGAGACCAUGUGUGCAGCAAGAGGACCGCCUCUACAGCGGGCCAAUCUUCAGGAUGACCUAACAAGCCUCUCCAUUCGUGCAGAAGCCGCUUGCACAAAUCAGACAGAGGCCGUGGCGGUCACUGUGCUUCGCGCUGACCAUGCUGGGAAGGCAUCAGGAUCCCGUCCUUGUCAGGGGCCAAAGGUUCAGUCAAACGAGGCUGCAGCAACGUCGCAACCAGCACGGGCCAAGACCGAAGGCCGCCUCCUAGGAGCGGAGCCACACGUCCAAGCGUCGUCUGCGUUGCCUGCAAUGGUGAACAUGACCGUGACCUCAUCAACACAAGUCUCAGCGCAGGAAGUAGGCAGUCAGGGAACACGUGGUGGUACUCCUUCUAGGGGCACUGACGAUGAAGCUGCGCGAGUUGCCCCUCUCAUACGCUCGAAUGAGUCACAGCCUUCAGACUCCAAUAGGUGUCCGAUGGCAGAGCCAACGAGCGUCUCCAACUUCCUAGCCGCGAGCCCAUCCACAAGUCAGCCACCGAGCAGAAGCUCUGCCGCUCGCAUUCCAUCGGUCGCUCCAUCGGCAGUCAAUCAGAUGAAGAUCCGCGUCAAAGGGCGUGCCUCCGACGAACAAGCUCGCUCCGAGGCUUGUGUGAGGCAAUCUCAUCUCUCGUACCUGCCGCCUCGUCCUGGGAGUUGGACACCAGCAGAGGCCCUUCAUCAGUUCGAGCCUGCUCCUGAGUAUGAAGGUGACUUUCAACCUAUGCGACGCACCGCGACAGCUGAACAGGAGUGCGAGCAGAGUCUCAUUCGACGUCUGGACAAUCUUCGGACCCAGUCGCACGUACCCAACCGUGAAAUUCCUUUCUAUAUCUGGGCGUGUCUCGGUCAUGUCGGAGCCUGGUCAGGAAAUUCUCUCGACACUACUCCUGUCGUCAUCGACCCAGAUCCGGUCGUCACAGAGUCCUUGAUCGCAGAAAGCCUCGCUGAGGAUCUGAUUCGACAAGGUCGCGCACGAAAGAUUUCCGCUCAGGGAAGUACUGGAAUCCUGGAACUCGAAUUGGCGUGGCGCUUUGACACGGGACAGCACUUCAGACUACCAGGCGAUUCGGAUCGCUUCGAGAGCGGACCAUGCGAAUUUGUCAUCGUGCCUACGAGGUACAUGAAGGAUGGCAUCUACCUCGGCAAAAAGAAACUUGACAGACUCGGUUUGGUGCUCGUGCCGAAGAAUCGCAGUCCGAUCCCGAGACCAUACCUGGGGGUUCAUGGCAGGGUCGAGUUAGGCACAUGCCUUUGCGCAAUGCCAGCCCCUCUGCGAAGACUGCCUCUCUUCAAGCCUUUCGAAAGGCUUUGCAAAUUGGCCGAGUAUGCGAUUACUCGAACUGAAGAUCCUCGUUACUCUCGCAGACGGUACGCCGAUGAUGAGAGAUGGCGAGCCGAGAACUGGCAGCAUAGCUGGCGGCCAGCGACUUCUCCCCUUGCAGACAGGCUUGGUGGGGCAACAGAUGACAUUACCAGGAACACGCUGGAUUCAAGCCCGUUGGAAUCGAGAAUCCAGCCACCCAUCUCUUCGGACGAUACAAGCAGAGGUAUGUCUUCCCACCUCGCUGCGCGGGAAGCUGGGUCCACUCGCAUCACUUCGCCCGCGAAAGUGAUCGGCGCUGACCCAGGACUUUCCUCGACCGUUCCGUACACGCGACUUCAGGAAAGGAUCGACAUCAAUACAGAUCCAAUUCCGGACGACCCGAGGAGUGUUACGAACGCUAGCCGAGUCGUUUGCCCCCUCGACAGCGGUUCGCCGCUGUCUGAGCUUGACGACUCGGAGGAAGCUGUUAUCAAGGUGGAAGAUGUGGAAGAGCUUCUCGACGACUGA